UUCCUCCUCCCUCCCUCCCAUGCCAGCCCCCACCCCCUCUCCUCCCGCGCGCCUUUCCUUUUUCUUUCUCUUCUUCCUCUCUUGGCCACCAUAUUUUUAGGUCACUGGACUGGAGGGGUAGGUAAUCCCCAGGCUCAAGUUCCAAAGGGGGCGGGUUCUGGCCGGAGGUGGAGUCACUUUUUCAUUUAAAUCCCCGACUAUAAAAUGGGCUUAAGGAGAAGCGGGAUCUCAGCGGCUAAGCCACCCGGAGGAGUGGCGGCACGAGGGAGAGGCGGCGUGGCGGCGAGGGGCUCCGGGCGGCUUGCGCGCCCCUGGCCGUAGCCGCGGCUCCGGCGAUGCUGCACUCCAUGGGCGCCCACACCUUGCAAGCGCUCAGCCAGGUGGCCGCCUGCGUGCUGCUCCUGCCGCGCUUCCUCCUGACAGCCGUGAUGCUCUGGCUCCUCGAUUUCCUCUGCAUUCGCAAGAAGCUCUUGCUGACCACGCCGCCGGCGGUGGCCGGAGAGGCGUCGGCGUCGUCGGAAGAAGAAGAAGAGGAGGAGGCGAGCUGCUCCUCGGGGCCCCCUCCGGACGACCCUCCGCUGUGCGUCUCCGACUCGAACCGCAUGUUCACGCUGGAGUCGCUCAAGGCGGUGUGGCACGGCCAGAAGCUGGACUUCUUCAAGGCGGCGCACGUGGGCGCGGCGGCGCCCAACCCGGAGGUGAUCCAGCUGGACGGGCGCACGCGGCUGCGCAUCCUCGACUACGCGCGGGGCAAGCGGCCGCUGAUCCUCAACUUCGGCAGCUGCACCUGACCGCCCUUCAUGGCGCGCCUGCGCGCUUUCGAGAGCCUGGCCGCGCGCUUCGUGGACGUCGCCGACUUCCUGCUGGUGUACAUCGAGGAGGCGCACCCUUCGGACGGCUGGGUCAGCUCGGACGCCGCCUACGACAUCCCCAAGCACCAGUGCCUCCAGGACAGGCUGCGCGCGGCGCAGCUCAUGCAGGAAGGCGCGCCGGGCUGCCCGCUCGCCGUCGACACCAUGGACAAUGCCUCGAGCGCCGCCUACGGGGCGUACUUCGAGCGCCUCUACAUCAUCCAGGAGCAAAAGGUGAUGUACCAAGGGGGCCGAGGGCCCGAGGGCUACAAGAUCUCCGAACUCAGGCGCUGGCUCGACCAGUACAAGCGCCGCCUCCAGGGGGGACCCAGCACGGUGGUCGUCCAGGUGUAGGAAGGGGCUGCAGGCGGCGGGAUAUAGGGUGGGAGACCCUCCGACCAGGAGGAGAGAGGUGUCUCCCAUUUUCCUCGAACUCGCGACUCCCCAAAGGCUUCUGCGUGAGUUUUCAUGCAAGACGUGCCCCGUGACUCUUUCCACUAUUCGAAUCAUGUUGAUUUGCCGAGCAUUUGUUUAUUAACAUUCAUUUCUACGUGCGGUUUUAAUUUUUUUUCCUUUUUAAAAAAA